AUGAAGGGCGACCCAUGUCCAGGAUCCACCACUAAUGGUCUGCUUCUGCCAAACAAGCUUCACCUGCAAGAGUCUCCAGAGCCUUCACAGGCACAGGUGUGGGGCCAGUCAGAAGAUGAUCUCGAUGACCUGUUGCAUUGGACACAGUCCCUACCCUUUCCUAACAACUGGCCAGUAGCAUCAUCAGCAUCGCAGUGCUGUGGGAGCCUGAUCCGGCCAGAAGAGCUGGACCGUGCUGUGGUCAUGCUCUUCAGCCUUAGCAAAGGUCCAGGAAGACCAAGCCUACAAUUGCAAAGCCAUUCCUGGGAGGGUGGCCAUGGGUUGUAUACAAAGAGGGCUGAGCAAGCGCUGGCAAGAGCAAGAGAGCGGCUCCUUGCAGGCUGUGUGCGCCCCGCUGUCAGCAUUGGGGAUCAGGCUUUGAGCUUCCUUAAGGACUUCCUGGCUGGUGGCAUCGCUGCCGCCGUCUCCAAGACCGCGGUCGCCCGGAUCGAGAGGGUCAAACUGCUGCUGCAGGUCCAGCAUGCUAGCAAACAGAUCAGCGCAGAGAAACAGUACAAGGGUAUCAUUGAUUGUGUCGUGAGAAUCCCGAAGGAGCAGGGCUUUCUCUCCUUCUGGGGGGGUAACCUGGCCAAUGUGAUCCGGUACUUCCCCACCCAAGCUCUCAACUUCGCCUUCAAGGACAAGUACAAGCAGAUCUUCCUGGGGGGCGUGGAUCGGCAUAAGCAGUUCUGGCUCUACUUCGCCGCCGGUAACCUGGCUUCCGGCGGGGCAGCUGGUGCCACCUCCCUCUGCUUUGUCUACCCGCUGGACUUUGCUAGGACCAGGCUGGCUGCCGACGUGGGCAAGGGAUCUGCCCAGCGUGAGUUCAGUGGGCUAGGCGACUGUCUCAGCAAGAUCUUCAAGUCUGAUGGCGUGAAGGGUCUCUACCAGGGUUUCAGUGUUUCAGUCCAAGGCAUCAUCAUUUACAGAGCUGCCUACUUCGGAGUCUAUGACACUGCCAAGGGGAUGCUGCCGGACCCCAAGAAUGUGCACAUUAUCGUGAGCUGGAUGAUUGCCCAGAGUGUGACGGCAGUUGCAGGGCUGGUGUCCUAUCCGUUUGACACUGUCCGUCAGAGGAUGAUGAUGCAGUCUGGCCGGAAAGGGGCUGACAUUAUGUAUACGGGGACACUUGACUGCUGGAGGAAGACUGCAAAAGAUAAAGGAGCCAAUGCUUUCUUCAAAGGUGCCUGGUCCAAUGUACUGAGAGGCAUGGGUGGUGCUUUUGUAUUGGUAUUGUAUGAUGAGAUCAAAAAAUAUGUCUAAAUGUAAUUAAAACUCAAGUUCACUGGCUCCCAGUGGACUUGGUUC